AUAUGGGUUCUGUUCACAUUUGUCCAACUGGAGAAACUUCGUGAAAAGACCUGAGUCUGUGCCACGUGUGUCCACGGAGAGAGUGGGUUCAAUGAGAACACCAACACGUAGAGCAGCAUUUAUCGAUUAUCUAUUAUGUAUAGAGUCCGUUAAUGAAACAAUAGAAAUCAGUUUAAUCUCUUGAAUUUCACAAACGUUUCAGAUUUUAUAACUAAAAUAAAGAGGCGGGAGAAAAACAGCAUCAAUAUCCACAAAAACUAGCAAUUAUGAAUCAAAACCAGUUGGAGCAACAUUUCAUUCCCCUUCCGGAUCAAUAACAGCCUUUUAAUGGACUUGUUGGUGAGUUGUGGUGCUUCACUACAACUCCCAUGAGACCCCGCGGCCUGCAGCCAGGAAGGUAAACAAAGCGCGGCAACCGCCGCACCUCCUGUUGUCAUGGCAACGCAACUACCGACAAACCUGCAGAAAGUGAAAAAGUAUUUCUAACCCAAACCGAGACCCGGUUCAUCCCGGUUCGACCCGGUUCGGCCCGGUUCAUCCCGGUUCGACCCGGUUCAUCCCGUUUCAUCCCGGUUUAACCCGGUUCGGCCCGGUUUCUCCAUGUCUGGCCCGGUUCGGCCCGGACACACAAUGAGGAAGCGGCCCCGGUUCUUCACCCGCGAGGUGGCCUCCCACUUCACGGCGGCCGACCUGUGGGUCUCCUUCCUGGGCAGAGUGUUCGACCUGACCCCGCUGAUGCAGCAGCACGCAGGUGACGUGCUGCUGCUGCCCAUCAUAGAAUGUGCUGGGAAGGACAUCAGCAGCUGGUUCGACCCAAAGACCAGAGACAUCCUGAGGUUUGUGGACCCUGUGACGUGCUGCGAGCGGUACUACACCCCCAGGGGGCGCUUCGUGCACACGCCGCCCAGCGGGCCGCGCUCCGACUGGGACACGGACCUGGGCCAGCCCUGGUGGAAGGACCGCAACUACGAGGUGGGGCUGCUGUCAGCCAAGACGCGCUGGAUCCGCGUGGUCAACACGCUGACAUUACAGGAGCAGCUGCUGGAGGUGUGCUCCGAGGAGAUCCUGGAGGAGAUCCUGCAGCGUUACCUGCGCCACAACGCUCACGCCAACAGCUACACCUGGAAAUACCACGGAGUCGUCCUGGACAUGCAGAAGACGCUGAGCGAUAACGGCGUCAUGGACGACGACCUGGAGCUGGAGCAGCUCAGGAUGGACCGCGACCUCUUUGUCCCCGCCAUCCUGCUCUACUUCAACGACGACCUCACCGAGGGAUGAUGUCAUCACUGUGACAUCACAUUAAACUUCCUGCUGCUGCACCUGGCAGGUCCUGUGAUGUGAACCUGAACGCCUUCCAGGCCCAGAGAGCCUGGAGAUAUAUUGCAAAUAUCUCAGCACACUUAGAAUAAAACUCACUUAAACUCUC